AUGGCUAACGAACUCUAUCAGGGCAAACCUUGGCACCCGGAGCAGAUUAGCCUGGACCCCAACGCCGACUCCGAAGGUCUGUGUGACAAGCCUCCCGAGGAGGAACGCCCGGCUGCCCGCAAACCCAAAUCAGCAUUGGCCGCGGGCGAGAAAGCUGGUCGGCGAGUCGGAGCAAGGAUCCGUGCCCAGCACCCCGCAAGGGCCUCUGCGCGCCUCCUUAACAAGGAGGAGGCGUCUCCACUGGACAAGGGCUGCUGUCUCAGCCAUUUCCCGCAUCUCUGCAUCUUUACGUGGCCAUCGCCUUCUCCAUCACCUCUUGCCUUUUGA